CUUUUACCACCUCUACUAUGUUAGUUGUAAUAAGUUUAACCGACUAGCACUUCUGGUACAGCAUCUGAUCAACAAUUCCACUAAUCACACAAGCCUCUACUAGCUGAUGUUAGCAAAUUAGCUCAGUUAGCCCUGCCUCAGCAGCCUCCCAGUGAUCACAGCUGGAUUGGGACCAAACAGAACUUAACAACAGGGAAUGCAGUUUUGAGUGAGUAAUAUGAGGAAGCCUUUAAAUGGGCUGGAUCCAGGAAUUAGACCGCAGGGCAUCCAUUGUGUUUAGACUGGGGAGCAGCAUGCACACAAAUCGGUAAACCAUCGCGGCCUGUCAAACCCCGGCCCUUGCAGCCAUCAGCACCACCAACCCAGCUUUGGUGGGGGGGGAUUCCUGAAAUUCCACUCUGCCUGACAACCUGCGCCAAACACCAUGGAUUUCAUGCUACCAGUACGAAGGAGUCAACACACGAUGGCUUCCUCCAGCUCUGCGCCUCUUCUGGGCCCUGACAGCAGCUGCUCCAGGCACCGCUACCAGGGCGCCAGAAGAAAGCUGCGACCUGGACGGAUUCUGGGAUUCAUCAUCAGUAUAGUGGCGGUCAGCAUAUUCUGCUCAUGGAGUGCCUUGUCAGUGGCCACAACGUUGGCCAAGGAGCGGGAAUCGACCACCGAGGGCUCAGCAGAGGCGGCAGUGCCCCAAAGAACACUUCUACAGCACCACAACCUGUCAGCAGCGGCGGAGGACACACCGGUGGCCAUGAGAUCAUCUGAUAUAGAGAUGAAUCAUGGUGACUACCCAACAGAUUACUUCAGCGUGGAGGACAGACGCCAAGGCUAUGUGGUGCUUCAUAUGUUUGGCAUGUUGUACAUGUUCAUAGCCUUAGCCAUCGUCUGCGAUGAGUUCUUUGUUCCUGCGCUCACGGUCAUCACGGAGAAGCUGGAGAUCUCUGAUGAUGUAGCAGGAGCCACCUUCAUGGCGGCAGGUGGCUCAGCCCCAGAGCUCUUCACCUCAGUCAUAGGAGUGUUCAUCUCCCACAGUAACGUCGGUAUCGGUACCAUCGUGGGCUCUGCCGUAUUCAACAUCCUGUUUGUGAUCGGGAUGUGCGCCCUGUUCUCCAAAGAGGUGCUGAACCUCACCUGGUGGCCUCUGUUCAGAGACGUCUCAUUCUAUAUCAUUGGCUUGCUCAUGCUCAUCUAUUUCUUUCUGGAUAACCAAAUCACGCUGGGGGAAAGUAUCAGCCUGCUGAUGUGCUACACCUGCUACGUCACAUUCAUGAAGUUCAAUGCCAAAGUAGAAUUUUUCAUAAAGAGCCUUCUGGGCAGCAACCAGGUGGACGAGCUGGAGACUGCACCAAAGGUACCUGCACCAGAUGAUGAGAACAAGCUGAUGGCCAAACCCAGGCUGCAGAGGGAAGGCAGCUGUGCCUCGCUACACAACUCAUUGAUGAGGAACAGCAUCUUUCAGCUCAUGAUCCACACCCUGGACCCCCUCAGUGACGAAGGACGUUUCAAAGAGAAGGCGUCGAUCCUUCACAAAAUGGCCAAGCACAAGUGUAAAGAGGAGGCUGCAAAUGCCAACGGCGUAGGAGGGCUCUCCCAGAUACUACCUCCAAGAAAAGAAAAUUCUGAUAAAAACAUCCCCAACAGCUCGAAUGUUGCCGUGGAAGUCACGCCACCCAUGAAUGGUGUUGCGGGAGGAGACGAGGGAGAGGAAGAGGAGGAUGAAGACCAGCCUCUGAGCCUCGCCUGGCCCGACACCCUCAGGAAGCAGAUCACCUACCUCAUCAUCAUGCCCAUCGUCUUUCCGCUGUGGCUCACGCUGCCUGACGUCAGGAGAGAGUCUUCAGAAAGGUUCUUCCCCAUCACCUUCAUUGGCGCCAUUUCUUGGAUUGCUUUCUUCUCCUACCUGAUGGUGUGGUGGGCUCACCAGGUUGGAGAAACCUUCUGGAUCACAGAGGAGAUAAUGGGUCUGACCAUACUAGCAGCGGGCACUUCAAUCCCUGACCUCAUCACCAGUGUGAUCGUGGCACGAAAAGGUCUCGGUGACAUGGCCGUGUCCAGCUCUGUGGGCUCCAACAUCUUUGAUAUCACUGUGGGUCUGCCCUUCCCCUGGCUCAUCUACAAUGUCAUCAACGACUUCAAGCCGGUGGAGGUGAGCAGCAACGGCCUGUUCUGCGCCAUCGUCCUGCUCUUCCUCAUGCUCCUCUUCGUCAUCAUAUCCAUCGCGGCUUGCAAGUGGAGGAUGAGCAAGUUCCUGGGCUUCCUCAUGUUCCUGCUGUACUUUGUCUUCCUCAUCAUCAGCGUCAUGCUGGAGGACAAAGUCAUCAUCUGCCCAAUCACCGUCUGAGAAAGAGUGGCCCCCGGAAAGCAGAACUGAACUCAUGUGAGCGAGGAUUUACUUUAGGAGUGGAAAAACAUGCUUGCACAGACUCAAACUGUCUCUUAUCUGUCACACACACACACACACACACACACACACACACACACACACACACACACACACACACACACACACACACACACACACACACACACACACAUAGUAGGCGACUGCACACACUCGGUAUCAUACAAACACAGGUUGUGGAUGCCAUAUAGGCAAAGGCACUGUCUUGAAUCGAAGCUGUGAACAGCCCUCCAGCAGCGUCCAGCAGUGUCACACAGCCCUGUGCAUCAUUUUGACACCCAAUCAGAGGGACUCCCCUCUCUGUGUACUACAUGACUACAAUCUGUAGCCACUACUGGCUGAAACCUGCUGAAACGCCACCCAGGAUAGAAACUACAACUGAAGAUCACAAGAGAUGUUUUUUUCUGUUUUGUUUUUGUGUUUUUGUUUCUCAGCUAACAGACAGUGCGGCAGUAUAAAGAAGCGCUUCUGUUCCUCAUGCAAGCAGCCAAGUGAAGCAUAUGAACUGAAUGUGGAGGCUCAAAGAGACUUUUUUUUUUUUUUUUUUUAAAGGGCAGCGAAGCUCUGGAGAGAUUCUGUAUGUCAUGGAGUAAAAACAUGAAAAAGAAGCGUGAUUGCAGAUUUUUACUGUGUCCAUCCCACCACCUAUAUGGCUACGUGCUGUCACCGGCGGAGGAAAUGUCCACUGUUAAGAACUUUAUUGUAUUUUCAGAAACAGCACAUUGCAUUUGAGGACAUACUAGGCAGAAAUUCAUACUGUUAGAGUCCUAUGUCUAAGAAAAGAUGAUUUGGGAGUCUCAUUCCCAACUCGUCAAAUACUGACGCUCUGGGACAGUCGGUUAACUUUUCUUACAUGCGAGACCUUUAAAUCCUAGUCCUGGAUAUCUAUAAUAGGCUACAUUAAGUGCUACAUAGUUACAUUAGAACAUGAACAGAUAGGAUGGACACUGAUUAAACUGGCUAAAGUGUUGUCAUGCUCAAUACUUCUGCUUAUAUCUAUCUCAGUUUGAUUUUUCACAUAAUAAGCUUCAGAGUGACUUCUUCUGUUCCACCUGCCUUGACAUGCACCACUUUAGAGAGAAAUUAUUUCAGUAUCCUGGACGAUAUUUGAAUGGAAAUGUGACAAACAGUUCAAUGACAGAUUGCCCAGUAGAUGAUGCAGUAUGAACAACAAGUGGUGGACUAAAGGUUAGCGUUCUCAGACGUGUUUUUUCUUUUCUUUUCUUUUUUUUUUUUUCCAAUUAUGUAUUUAUGAAAAAGAAAGGAUCAAUAAUCACCGGGUUUCUUCUGUAAUGUUUUCAUGUGAAACAACUCAUGUACUGUAAAACAUGUAUAUGUAUAUUUAUGAAUGCGAAUGGUAGCAACUUUUUGUCAUGGAUGUUAUUCCGUCACCCUCCACUGCUGCAGGCCUUUUGUAUUGUUUCAGAUGAAACAGGUCCGAGAUCAGGCCAUUGUUGUCAUGUUCACGGACUACUCCCCUGUGUUCAGUGUGUAAUCUGAGGAUAAAUCUGUGAAAAGAAACAUCAAGUAGACCCUUAUUUAUUUUUUUUUUAUCCAUAACAAAACAGGGACCGUUGAAAAGUGUCAGUUUCUGAUAGUUGUGUAUUUUGGCAAAUUUUGUUUUCCUCCCUAAUCCCAAAGUCACAUCACUAAAGUCCUGCUGUUGUAGAAUAUGAAUAACAUGUUUCCAUUCAACCGCGAAGUGAAAAAAAGUGUCUGUUUCCAUAAACUAAAUUAAUGCGAAUAUUCUUAAGAGGUUGCAAUAAGAUUAAACAAUUAAAGUAUAUCACAAUA